UUAAAGCAACCCCUUCUCUCCGCCUUUCUCUCUCUCGCCUAAUCUAAACCGGUACACAAAAUCCGGAACUUUUCACGGUUCCGGUCUAAAUUUCGGCUCGAUUUCGGACACCAACAGUUUCGACGAACUUUACUCUCUCAGAGUGACAAAUCGGCCAUGGCGGAGCACCGCGAGAGCUCCCAUGCUCUCCCAGCAGAGAAACUACAGCCAAGGAAACAAGAACAAAAAGAAGGCGGCGACGGAGACGAAAAAGAAAAACAACGACUCGGUAAAUUUCAAUCCGGCGAGUUAGAGAGUUCUGUAUCCGAGUUGAGACAGACGCGAUUAGAAACCCCAACGGCGCCUUCGACGCUGGAAGUUUCAGGGAAUGAUCAGUUUGCAGGUUUGCAGCUUGAGUCCGUGUCACAGUCGAUUGAUGGAGCUGGAUUGCAGGAGCAACUUGGGCUGAGCCACCAGGAAAAUUUGGCAAGUGUAGCGAACCAUAAGACUCCGAAGCAAAGUCAGACUCAGUUGACUGUUUAUCCAACUCCGUUUUCAGAACUAUCUCCAACUUCUGUCACUCAAUCCAUUUCAUCUGCUCCAAGCCCAAUUCCACUAGAACGAAGAGUUCCUCAUGGGAAGACAUCUGCUUCUGAUGGUUACAACUGGCGGAAAUAUGGUCAGAAGCAAGUAAAGAGCCCUCAAGGUUCUCGAAGCUAUUAUAGGUGCACAUUUUCUGAGUGUUAUGCCAAGAAGAUAGAACGCUGUGAUCACUCAGGCCAUGUAACAGAGAUUGUUUACAAAAGCCAACAUACUCAUGAUCCCCCUCGGAAAAGUAUCUGCAUAAAGGAAAGUAAACUUGCACUCUCUGCUGAGUGUGUAAGAUAUAGAGUUGCUGCUGCAGAACAUUCCUGCAGAAUAGUUAAUGACUCAGAGUUGUCCACAUCUUCAAAAGAACCUAUUGAAGAAACACCCUCAAUUCCUGAAAGAAAACGGCAGAGCUCAAGUGACUCUGAUGAUAAUGGCGAUGUUAAAAUCAAGGAGGAACAUGGUGAUGGUGAUGAGCCAGAACCCAAACGAAGAAUGAAGAAAAGCAAUUCAAAAUAUUCCGCUUCUCUCUCAAAACCUGGCAAGAAACCUAAAUUAGUUGUGCAUGCGGCUGGGGAUGUUGGAAUAUCAGGCGACGGAUACAGAUGGCGCAAAUAUGGACAGAAGAUGGUGAAAGGAAAUCCUCAUCCCAGGAACUACUACAGAUGUACUUCUGCUGGGUGUCCAGUCCGGAAGCAGAUUGAAACAGCCGUAGAUAACUCAAGUGCUGUAAUUAUAACAUACAAGGGGGUACAUGACCAUGAAAUGCCUGUCCCUAAGAAGCGACAUGGCCCUCCAAGCGCUCCUCUUGUUGCUGCUGCCGCUCCUGCUUCCAUGAACAAUUUGCAUAUCAAGAAAACCGAUACAGACCCAAAGCCAAUUUCGCCAACCCAGUGGUCGGUAGACACUGGUGGAGAAUUGACAAGGGAGGCCUUGGACCUCGGAGGAGAGAAGGCAAUGGAAUCGGCUCGAACUCUUCUGAGCAUUGGAUUUGAAAUAAAGCCUUGCUGAAAGCUCCUUUGCCGGCCCAAGGACUAAUAAGGAACAUCAUAAUCGUCGGGCCUCUCUCUCCCUCUCAUAAAAGCUGCAGUGUAUUUAUAUAGCAUUACAAAAUUAUCAGAUUGGCAGGUUUGAUUAUUUUCCCCCUUUUCCUUGGUGUUUUUCACCUUUCAGAUGUAGUUUAAUAGUGCUUAGACGUGAGAUUUGGUAUUGUACACCCUUGCAUCUUGUUUUAACUAGGCUGAUGGCAGUGAAACAAUAUAGAAAUGGAUGUCAUUCGUUUAAAAAUUCAA